AUGUCGGGCGAAGGGGCUUUGACCAAGGCAGCGGAGAAGUCUCCCGAUGACUUUGCUCUUUGGAAAGCGUCGCAGCCCGGAGAGCCCAGCUGGCCGAGCCCGUGGGGCCCAGGACGACCAGGCUGGCACAUCGAAUGCUCAGCCAUGGCGUCCAGUUGCUUGGGGAGCCAGAUUGAUAUCCAUUCGGGAGGCAUUGAUCUUGCCUUUCCGCAUCACGACAACGAGCUUGCGCAGAGUGAGGCCUACUGGUCGGAGCACCGCCAAUGGGGGGCGAAAAUGUCCAAAUCGCUCAAAAAUUUCACCACCAUCCGGGACGCGCUCGACAGAGGUGAUUGGACCCCCAGGAGUCUGCGAAUUGUGUUUCUGUUGGGUGGCUGGCGAGAAGGAGUCGAACUCACGGAAGAACUCAUCAAGGCGGGGUCAGCGUGGGAAGAAAAGCUCAAUAAUUUCUUUCUCAAAGUGAAAGACCCAUUUGCACAAAAAGCCUCCUCCUCUAGCAACGAGGCAGCGUCCUCUUCAACCCGCUUCCUUGCCGAUGCUCUCAAGGCUGCGCAAGAAAAAGUUCAUGAACACCUCUGCGAUUCGUUUGAUACCCCUGGAGCAAUGAGCGUUAUUUCCGAGCUGGUCUCGACAUUCAACAGUCUUGACAGGUCGACUCUAGAUCCACAGGUCAUUGAUGAGCUAGCACGAUGGAUUACAUCGAUGGUGACCAUCUUCGGUUUGAAUGGCGCGGCGUCUCCUGACAGCCCUGAAAUCGGCUGGCAGGGUAUUGACAUCCCAGAGCCUGCCAAACCUUUCCUGUAUCCACUAUCGGCAAUGCGCGACUCGCUGCGGCAAGCAGCAAAAUCAGGGGAUCAAAUCACUUCUGAGCGACUCAAAGACAUUCUAGAAACCACGGCACCUGAAGAGUCUUCAAACGCUUCCAAAGGGUUACUAGCUCUCUGCGAUCGUGUCCGUUAUUUGGAACUGUUCGACCUGGGAGUUUAUCUCGAGGAUCGGGACAAUGAACCAGCGCUUGUUCGCCCCGUCACCAAGGAAUUGCUACGGGCUCGUGAAGAGCAGGCCCAGCGUGCACUGCAGAAGCAGCAGGAAAAGGAGAAGCGAGAAAAACUAGCCCAGGAAAAACUUGAAAGCGGGAGGAUCAGCCAUCUGGAUAUGUUCCGGACCAGCGAAUUCAGUGCUUGGGACGAGGAUGGUAUUCCCACGAAAGAUGCAGCCGGACGAGUUAAUGAAUUAGCAUUAUUGCAAGUAUGGAGUAGAGUAUCUGCAAUGCAGCGGGAAUUGGCGGCGACGCGAGCAGCGGACGCGGCAUCAUCCGGCGGACCGCGCGUUGCAGCCGCGACACGCGACAUGGAGAUGCCCCCGUCAUCGUCGAGCCAACAUUAUGCUGCCAUGGCCACUGCCUCCGUCCUCAGUCCUGCCGACGCCGAACAGCUCACCUCGCUCCGCGCCGAGCUGAAGCAAUGGGAGAAGGCCUUUGCUGCCGCCAAUGGAGGACGAAAGGCCGGGCGUGACGACAUCAAACAGGAUCCUGCCAUUGCUGCCAAGUACAAAGCCUAUGGCCGUCUACGAGCCCUGGAGGCGUCGUCGAGCGAGUCGAGACAGAGCCAUGCGGACAGAACGCCGUCCAAGUCGGAAUCGCAGCAGACCAAGGCGAAGAGGAAGCACUCUUCCCUGGCGGGCGCGGAAGGCCAGAGCAAUGGCUUUACUCCUCGAAAGGCAUCCAGGCGAGAACUCUUAACGCCGUCGAGAGGCCGGACGACGAACGUGCAUCCCGCAGACCUCGAUCCAUAUGACUCUCCCUCCACCCUCCGUCGCCUGUUCAGUCCCAGCACCCAUCGACAGAGCCAGUCUCCUCUCCCGCUCAAGACCGCAAUUGGCCCGACUCCGCAGCGCGAUGGCAAGGUGCUCGGACUCUUUGAUCUGCUCUCUGCCUCCGGUGGCAGCACUGCGACGCCCUCGGCCAAACGGGUGGCUACUCUUGAGAAGGAGGCGAUCCAGACGCCGUCGAAGAAAGUGAAGUUGGACACUAUCGAAGAAGGGGACGAGGAGGAAGAGGAAACUGGUCGACUGGGACGGACGCCGGCCUCUUCGAGCAAGAAGCUGUAUCUGGAGAAGCUUUUUGCGACACCGACGACGCUGCGUUACGCCACAAUGGUCGAGGAUGAAGAGAGUGGCCUCCACAGACACAAUGCCUCUCAAACGGCCGCCAAUGAUGCCCCGGAGGCUAAUCCACUGGAGUCGGAGACGCCAUCGUUUCUGCGCCGGUCGAACUCGGGACGCUUCACGUCGAAUCCCAAUCCUAGUGCUACCGAUUUGAGUCCAGUAGCAGUGCGCAAACCGCAGCGGUUUGUGGGUAAGGGGCUGAGCGCGCUAGUGCAAGGACUGCGGGAUAUGGAAGAGGAACGCAUGCGAGAGGACUGGGAGAUCCUUCGAGAGAUCGAGGAGGAACAAGCGCAGGCGGCUCAAGCCAAGGAUGUCCAGGUCGGCGAUAGCCAGGUGCCAGCAAACGACGGAGAUGCUAGGCGGCCGUUGAGGAAGAAGAGAGGACAGAAACGGACGACGCGGCUGGUGAAGAUGAAGCCUGUUCCACCUAAGCCGAAACCAGCGCCGCAAGCGAGCACUGCUGCACCAGAAGCUGAAGAUGAGAGCGAGGAUGAGUUGGCCGUGGUUAUACCAGUUCGCCAGGGGAGUGCAGAGAAGGAGGCGAAAGAUCAGGACGAAAACGCAGAUGAUGCAGCUUCCAACCAGGCAUCCGAUGUCGAUGCUGAUGCCGAUGUCGAUGUCGAAGACGAUAGUGACGCCGAUUACGACGGCAAAAACGAAGACGAAGACGAAGACGAAGACGAAUCCCGUACCACCAAACGGCCAAAAUCCAGCUUCUCAGAAAAGAUCAAAGCAGCCUUUUCAGUCGUGAAAAGGGCCAAACCUGGCGAUGACGACGACAACAAGAAGAAGAACAAGGACAAAGCAGACGGGGACGGGGACAACGAGACGAAGGCGAAGAAAUCCACCACGAGGAAGAUCAACCCCCAAGCACACGCCAAUUAUCGGGCGUUGAAACUUCGCAAUAAGGGGGCGAAGGGGCAGCGGGGGAGGUUUGGUCGGCGGAGAUAG